AAUGAGGGAGUCCCAUUUAGAUCAUGGACUGAAAGAAACCAGGAAGUAAGGAGAAAUGAUUACAGUCUGUACAUAGCUCAGGAUGUGUAAGGCAACAGCCUUGGUUGCUUGGUUAUUCAUUAGCGAGAAUGCAAGGGUAGUGGUGAUCAGGACUGGGAAACCACAGAAGCAGGUUUGAAGUUGGGUGAGAGCUCCUGGCUUGUGUUAGACAGGGAGGUUUUUUUUUUUUGUUUUUUUUUACCAGGAGUGAAUACCUUUCUCUUGUUAACUUUUUCUUGGAACGGAGGGAAAGGUGACUGCUUUCUGUUCUCUCGUGUUCAUCUGUUGUUGUUGUUCUUGCUGUGGGAUUUUUAAGCAGACAGGAAGAAGAGUGGCUGUCCCCAGACCUGACUGGAUUUUUGCCCUGGGGCUGCAGCUAAGACCACCAGGACCCGGAAAGCCAGAAAGCCAGGUAGCCAGGUGCUAAGGCUCUCCAGUCCAGAAAACUGAAUUCAGACUGUUCUGAAACCGGACUCUACUCUCUUCGAAGUAUGGUGAGUUGGAGCUGAUUCAAGUUGCCUGCUGGAGGCAGGACAAGUGAAUCUGCAGACACCCGGAGAGGGGAGCCCCUUUCUCCCUCUGCCCACUGGGGCGCCAUGGGCAACAUCUGUCUGAGGCUCUGGGCAUACUUGCAGCCCUGUCUUCCUUGCUUGUCCCAAGAGGCAGACAAGUCGGUGGUGAUUGCGAACCCAGCGGCCUUCUCCCCCCCUGAAGCGCCUGUGUCACACAAGCAGACUCCAGAGAGAAGCCAUGGUCACUACUUUGUGGCUCUGUUUGAUUACCAAGCCCGGACGGCAGAGGACCUAAGUUUCCAUGCAGGCGACAAACUCCAAGUCCUGGACACUUCUCACGAGGGCUGGUGGCUGGCCAGACACUUGGAGAAAAGGGGAGACGGCUAUGGCCAGCAACUGCAGGGCUACAUUCCUUCUAACUAUGUGGCCGAGGACCGGAGCCUCCAGGCAGAGCCGUGGUUCUUUGGAGCAAUCAAAAGAACAGAUGCAGAAAAGCAACUAUUAUAUUCAGAAAAUCGUACAGGUGCCUUCCUAAUCAGAGAAAGCGAAAGCCAGGCGGGAGAUUUCUCCCUGUCAGUUUUGGAUGAAGGAGUUGUGAAACACUACAGAAUCAGAAGACUGGACGAAGGGGGCUUUUUCCUUACCCGGAAACAAACCUUCUCCACACUGAAUGAAUUUGUAAACUACUACAGCAACCAAAGCGAUAGCCUGUGUGUGAGGCUGGGUAAACCAUGCUUAAAGAUACAGGUCCCCACUCCUUUUGAUUUGUCAUAUAAAACGGCGGACCAGUGGGAGAUAGACCGCAAUUCUGUACAGCUCCUGAAGCGGCUGGGAUCCGGCCAGUUUGGUGAAGUGUGGGAAGGCCUGUGGAACAAUACCACUCCAGUUGCCGUAAAAACGUUAAAGCCAGGUUCAAUGGAUCCAAAUGACUUCCUGAGGGAGGCACAGAUAAUGAAGAGCCUAAGACAUCCAAAGCUUAUCCAGCUUUAUGCGGUUUGCACUUUAGAAGAUCCAAUUUAUAUUAUUACAGAGUUGAUGAGACAUGGAAGCCUGCAAGAAUAUCUCCAAAAUGAUGCUGGGACAAAAAUCCAUUUGCCUCAACAGGUAGACAUGGCGGCACAGGUUGCCUCGGGAAUGGCCUACUUGGAGUCUCAGAACUAUAUACACAGAGAUCUUGCUGCCAGGAAUGUCCUUGUUGGUGAACAUAAUAUCUACAAAGUAGCAGAUUUUGGACUUGCAAGAGUUUUUAAGGUAGAUAAUGAAGACAUCUAUGAAUCUAAACACGAAAUCAAGCUACCAGUGAAGUGGACUGCCCCUGAAGCCAUUCGUACUAAUAAAUUCAGCAUUAAGUCUGAUGUGUGGUCAUUUGGAAUCCUGCUUUAUGAAAUCAUUACUUAUGGCAAAAUGCCGUAUAGUGGUAUGACAGGUGCUCAAGUAAUCCAGAUGUUGGGUCUUGACUAUAGACUCCCACAACCAUCUAAUUGUCCCCAGCAAUUCUACAGUAUCAUGUUGGAGUGCUGGAAUUCAGAGCCUAAGGAAAGGCCCACCUUUGAGAAACUGCAUCAGAAACUGGAGGACUAUUUUGAAACAGAUUCUUCAUAUUCCGAUGCAAAUAACUUUACAACAUGAACAUUGAUAGAAAAAAUAAUAAUGAGUAAGCAAAAAAAUCGAAUAAUCAGUCCAGAGACACAAUGUUAUCAAACAAUUACAAUACCAGUUUAUCUUGACAUACACGGGUGAUAGGAUAAAUUUGGCCAUGUAUUUCAUAAAAGAUUAUGUGUAUAUUUUAUUGACUGUGAAACAUUACAGGGAAGUCCAAGAUGUUAUAUCAUUUUCUCACAUUGCCUGGCAAAAUCUAAAACACUAAAUGAGGUUAUUUUUCUUCUUAAGAGAUCCUUACAUUUCUAUUUAUUGUUUGAAAUGCCGAUCAAGAGAAUCAACAGAAUGAUAGUAAAUUUUUAAGUGGUAACUGUUGUAGCAUUUUCCUGUUUACUGAUUAGAGUGGUUAUUCAUUAUUCCUCAGAUUGUUGAAUCCCAUCAAGCUGUUAUUAUGAAGGAAUUUGAUUGCAUUGCUGCACAGCAGGACCUGUGCUUUGAGAUUUUUUCCUCUCUUUUAAAAUAUCCUGUAACCACAAUGAUGGGAAAGCCAUGUUAAAUGACUUGAUUGUACUUGAAGUAAUUGCACAUAUUUUUCCUAUGCGUAAAAAAAUGAAGCAGCUGUUGAGAAAAAGAAUUAAAAUUGUUCUCAUUUUGUAGAAGGAAA